UAAACUACCAAAGAAGAAGACGAGGAAGCAACCUUCCGCUUUAACCUCAGGUUACAAAACGAAAGCUUUGCGUCCAAAACACUCCGAACAGCCGCGGCUUAAACUUCUAUUGCGUCGCUGCGAAUGGGGCCUGACAAGUUCUGCAGUCUGGACAGUUCCGAUCCAUUUUGGGAUUGGAACCGUACCUGGUACACUGCCAACCCAGACUUCACCCAGUGCUUCCAGAACACUGUCCUAGUGUGGCUGCCAUGCCUUUACCUCUGGAUAUGUGCCCCCAUCUACCUCAUCUACCUCCGUAGCCACGAUCAUGGCUACAUAUGUAUGAGUCACAUUAACAAAGCUAAAACUGCUGUUGGCCUUCUACUGUGGAUCAUCUGCUGGUCAGAUGUUUUCUUUUCUUUCUGGGAAAGAAGUUAUGGCAGCACUGUCCCUGCACCCGUCCACCUAGUCAGUCCUACCUUACUGGGCUUUACCAUGUUGCUGGCCACCCUGUUAAUCCAGUACGAACGGAUGAAAGGGGUUCAGUCGUCUGGAGUGAUGCUGAUCUACUGGCUGCUGGCACUGCUGUGUGCCACAGUCACCUUCAGGUCCAAGAUCUUCCAGGCCCUGGACCAGCCGUCGACGGUGUGUGUGUGGAGGUUCACCACCUUCUAUAUCUACUAUGCUCUGCUGCUGGUUUCUCUGUUCCUGUCCUGCCUGACGGACCAGCUGCCUCUCUUCUCCGAAGCCAUCAAAGACUCGAAUCCCUGCCCUGAACCUGGAGCUAAUUUUCUCUCCAGAAUAUCCUUCUGGUGGAUCACCAGGAUGAUGGUGACGGGCUACAAGCGCCCACUGGAGGAAAAGGACCUGUGGUCUUUGAACUCUGAGGACCGCUCCCAUAGAGUGGUCCCACAGCUGGUGGGCCGCUGGAACACAGAGUGCCAAAAGGUCAAAAGGACGGAGCAGAAAACGUUGUACUCCCCCAAGAAAGCCACGAACAGCGAGGGCAAAGAGGGCCGAGCUGUGGAGGAGUCUGAAAUCUUGAUUGUAAAAGCCCAGAAAACAAAGGAGCCCUCCCUGUUCUGGGCCCUGUGCCUAACCUUCGGGCCAUACUUCCUCAUCUCCUGCCUCUAUAAGAUCAUCCAGGACGUCCUCAUGUUCGUUGGGCCUGAGAUCCUCCGGCUGCUGAUACGCUUCGUCAACAACUCCAGUGCCCCCUACUGGCAUGGUUACUUCUACACAGCUCUCCUCUUCAUAUGUACCUGUGUGCAGUCGCUCAUCCUCCAGAAGUACUUUCAUGUCUGCUUUGUGUCAGGCAUGCGUCUGCGUACUGCCAUCAUAGGAGCUGUCUACAGGAAGGCCUUGGUUAUAAGCAGCGCAGCACGCCGCACCUCCACGGUGGGAGAGAUCGUCAACCUGAUGUCGGUGGACGCUCAGCGCUUCAUGGACCUCAUCACUUACAUCAACAUGAUAUGGUCCGCCCCUUUGCAGGUGGUGCUCGCCCUCUACUUUCUCUGGCAGAACCUAGGUCCGUCCGUGCUGGCUGGAGUGGCUGUGAUGGUUCUCAUGGUUCCCAUUAAUGCUGUCAUCGCCAUGAAAACCAAAACCUACCAGGUUGCUCAGAUGAAGAGUAAAGACAAUCGCAUCAAGCUGAUGAAUGAGAUGCUGAAUGGCAUCAAGGUUCUGAAGCUGUAUGCCUGGGAGCUGGCCUUCAAAGACAAGGUGUCAGAGAUCCGUGAGAGUGAGCUGCAAGUCCUGAAGAAGACCGCCUACCUGGGUGCCAUGUCCACUUUCACCUGGAUCUGUGCACCUUUCCUGGUUGCCCUGUCGACCUUCACUGUGUAUGUGCUGAUUGAUGAGCAUAACGUGCUCGAUGCCCAGAAGGCCUUUGUGUCACUGGCUCUCUUCAACAUCCUGCGUUUCCCUCUUAACAUGCUGCCAAUGGUCAUCAGUAGUAUGGUGCAGGCUAGUGUGUCCUUGAAGCGGCUGAGAGUGUUUCUUUCACACGAGGAGCUUCAGGAGGACAGCGUCGAGCACAAAGCAGUAGCAGGCUCCUCACACAGUAUCGCCAUAGUGGAUGGAGUUUUCAGCUGGUCCAGAGCUGAAUCACCGACACUCAAGAGGCUGAAUGUGUGUAUCCCAGAAGGCUCUUUGGUGGCUGUGGUGGGACUCGUGGGUUCGGGAAAGUCCUCGCUGCUGUCGGCCCUGCUCGGAGAGAUGGACAAGCUGGAAGGAACUGUGUCUGUCAAGGGUUCAGUGGCCUACGUUCCCCAGCAGGCCUGGAUCCAGAAUGCCACGCUGAAAGACAACAUAAUGUUUGGUCAGGAGAGGAGAGAGGCCUGGUACCAGCGUGUGGUGGAGGCGUGUGCGCUUCAGCCUGACCUUGAGAUCCUUCCAGCUGGAGACGAGACAGAGAUUGGAGAGAAGGGAGUGAAUCUGUCUGGAGGUCAGAAGCAGAGGGUGAGCCUGGCCAGGGCUGUCUACUGUGACCGUGCUGUCUACCUGUUGGAUGACCCGCUGUCUGCUGUCGAUGCUCACGUAGGAAAACAUAUCUUUGAUCAAGUUGUCGGCCCACAGGGACUGCUGAAGGACAAGACUCGUGUGCUGGUGACCCAUGGACUGAGCUACCUGCCUCAGGCCGACCUGAUCCUGGUCAUGGUGGAGGGAGAGAUCACAGAGAUGGGCUCCUACCAGCAUCUCAUGGCCACAGAGGGAGCCUUCGCUGAGUUUCAGCGAACAUACGCUGCUGUCGACCACACUGCCGACGAUGAAACUGUGCCAAAGAGUGGAACCAAAGCAACAGAGAACGGCAGCACAACUGCUCUUGUUGGCAGUCCGGGAGUCAGCAGUGUGACCAAACUGUGCCAGACGGGUGAGCAGGACAAGGUGCUGGGCAAGAAAGCCAAGCAACCCGAGGUGGGCAAGCUGACGGAGGCUGACAAGGCCAGCACUGGACGGGUCAAGCUGUCUGUGUUCGGGUCUUAUCUGAAAGCCAUCGGAGUGCUUCUGUCCUGCAUCAGUCUGCUGCUGUUUUUCGCCCACCACCUGGUCUCCCUGUUCUCCAACUACUGGCUGAGCCUGUGGACCGACGACCCCGUGGUUAAUGGCACUCAGCCCAACAGACAGAUGAGGCUCGGGGUGUACGGUGCUCUCGGUUUGUCCCAGGGUGUGGCUGUCUUUGGUUACUCCCUCACCACGUCCAUUGGGGGCAUCCUGGCGUCCCGCUGCCUCCACCAGUCCAUGCUGUAUGAUGUCCUGCGCUCACCUAUGUCCUUCUUUGAGCGAACCCCCAGCGGCAACCUGGUCAACCGCUUUGCCAAGGAGAUAGACACCAUUGACUCAGUGAUCCCCAGCAUUAUUAAAAUGUUCAUGGGCUCCAUGUUUAAUGUGAUGGGUUCUUGCGUUAUCAUCCUGAUCGCAACACCACUGGUAGCUAUCAUCAUUCCUUUUCUCGGUCUGCUCUACUUUUUUGUCCAGAGGUUUUAUGUGGCGUCGUCUCGCCAGCUGAAGCGUCUGGAGUCAGUCAGCCGUUCACCCAUCUACACCCACUUCAAUGAAACACUGCUGGGCACCUCCGUUAUUCGAGCCUUUGGUGAACAGGAGCGCUUCAUCCGGGAGAGUGACCAGCGCGUGGACCACAACCAGAAGGCUUACUACCCCAGCAUAGUAGCAAACAGGUGGCUAGCUGUUCGCCUGGAGUUUGUAGGAAACUGCAUCGUGUCAUUUGCUGCUUUGUUUGCCGUCAUGGCUAGAGAGAGCCUCAGUCCAGGCAUCAUGGGGCUGGCUAUCUCCUAUGCCCUCCAGUUGACUGCCUCUCUGACCUGGCUGGUGAGGAUGUCUUCUGAAGUGGAGACCAACAUAGUGGCUGUGGAGAGAGUGAAACAGUACAGUGACACAGAGAAAGAGGCAGAGUGGAAACAGGAACCCUCCAGCCUCCCCACAGGGUGGCCCACUGAUGGUUGCAUAGACAUCAGAGGCCUCGGCCUGCGCUACCGCCACGAUCUGGAUCUCGCCAUUCGCAACAUUACCAUCAACAUAAACCGAGGAGAGAAGGUGGGGAUUGUGGGGCACACUGGAGCAGGAAAAUCAUCCCUAACGCUGGCGCUGUUCCGGAUCAUCGAGGCAUCUGAGGGCCACAUCUUCAUUGACGGGGUGGACAUUGCUCAGUUGGGCCUCCAUGAGCUUCGUUCCAGAAUUACCAUCAUACCACAGGACCCAGUGCUGUUUUCAGGCUCUCUGAGGAUGAACCUGGAUCCUUUCGACAGCUACUCUGAUGAGGAAGUCUGGAGGGCUCUGGAGUAUUCCCAUCUCAAGAGCUUUGUGUCAGGCCUGCCAAACAAACUCAGCCAUGAGUGUAGUGAAGGAGGAGAGAACCUCAGUGUUGGUCAGCGGCAGCUGGUGUGCUUGGCCAGAGCUCUGCUGAGGAAGACCAAGAUCCUGGUUCUGGAUGAGGCCACAGCAGCCGUGGACAUGGAGACAGACAACUUGAUCCAGUCCACCAUCCGUUCUCAGUUUGAAGACUGCACCGUCCUGACAAUAGCUCAUCGCCUUAACACUAUCAUGGACUACACCAGGAUCCUGGUGUUGGACAAGGGAGAGAUGGCAGAGUUUGACUCCCCCUCCAAUCUCCUCGCUCAAAGAGGAGCCUUUUACAAGAUGGCCAAGGAUGCCGGGCUGGUCUGAAGCAGGAGGUGCCUCUUCUUGUUCAGCUGCUCUUCUGAGCUCCUCCCAGGUCAUCUCCCAGGUCAUCCCAACGGUGUGGAGUUCCUGAGAUAAAUUGGGGGAUUGUUACGAUUUAGAGUGUUUGACUAUUUAAGCAAGGGCGUUGUUGAGAACAACGGGUUUGGUCUGAGCUGCUCCACCACACACUUCAGUUUUACUACACAAUUCUAUUCUGCCUGUCCCAAACAAACCUGAUUCUUUCUGUUAGCCCAGGUCAUAUCGCCCUUUAUUACAUAUUCCUGCCCCUUUCAUGUACUUUUACUGCCAUUUCUGCCAUGAACCAGGGGACAAGUUCUAACAAGGGACAUACUGAAUUUGGCUUUUAUUUUGCUAGAGCAUUAUAUCUGUGCUGGAGCAAGGAAGGGGAGUUUUACUUCUAUACAGACAGAAUUCCCUGCAGUCUGUCGUAUAAACAGUUCUCUUCUGGUUGUGGUAACCAGUGCUGAGGUCAGUAGAGGAUAAAGAGGCUGUUGUCCUGCAAGUACAAAAUCCUAUAGUGCCAAAGACUGCCCUCAAACAUCUGUUAUUUUUGAGAUGCAGAUUUGAAACAUGAGCGCUGAUUUGAGAAGCAGGUACAUACACAACGCAUUCAAAUGGACUUUUGGAUGUAAUUAUUGUUUGACCAAACAAGUUGCAGUUAAGACUAAGUGAGAAAUUCCUGCCUCACAAAUGCUUCGUCCAAAUUCUAUACCUCAUCCAAAGUGUAUUCUGUAUACUAAUCUUUUGUAUGUUUUUUUUAGUUGGUAAUUAAGAAAUCAACACACUUCAGUUUUAUACUAACAGGAAAUAAUGCCAACAGGAAAUGACACAAUCUGCAGCCUACACUCAGUUUAAUUGAUACGCCACUGUCGUACAGUAUAUCUUCUCAUUCUAAGGAACAUAUUAAAUAUCUGGGCUGCACAGUGGUGUGGCAGCCCUUCUAUGCGGAGUUUGCAUGUUCUCCUCCUGUCAGCUUGGGUUCCCUCCGGGUUCGCCGGCUUCCUCCCACGUGCCAAAGAC